AUGAAGAACCGAGAGCGCUUCUCCCAAGUGCUGCUCUUCUCCUCGGUGCUCCGCAGCCUGAACUACGGACUCACGGCGGUGCUGGGCUACCUCAUAUACGGCGACGACGUGCAGUCGCAGGUAACGCUCAACCUGCCAUCAGGGAGGCUCUACACCAAGAUCGCCAUCGUCAUGACCCUCGUCAACCCGCUAACCAAGUACGCGCUGCUCGUCGCGCCCAUCACGUCGGCGAUCGAGGAGAGGUUCUCGCUCAUGGGGAGUGGGCCGGCGAGGGUGGCCGUCAGCACCGCCGUUCUCGUCAGCACGGUCGCGGUGGCGUGCAUGGUGCCGUUCUUCGGGUUCCUCAUGUCCUUCAUCGGUUCCUUCCUCAGCGUCAUGGCCACAGUCUUCUUCCCCUGCCUCUGCUACCUCAAGAUCUACAAAGCCAAAGGCCUACGCCGUGUCGAGGUCGCCGCGAUCGUCGCCAUCCUGAUGCUCGGGGCGUUUGUUGCCGUCACUGGCACAUACACUUCUUUGUUGGACAUCAUAGGCACUUUCUGA